GGGUUUCUUCUGUGCCACUGGUGUGCUGCGUUGCUUUAGUCACAAGACAUUACUCUGGUGUGCUGCGUUGCUUUAGUCAAAACACUCGACUUACAUGUGAUUCUGUAGUCGUCUUGAAAGGAAAACUAUUUAGCCAUGUCCUGUGCUAUGAAAAGUCUGGUGGAGGAUAACGACAGAUACCUGAAGUCCUUCCAGCUGUUCCUGGAGCGCUCCUCUGAACACAAGUGCAUGCAGGACUUUAUCCAUGGCAUCUUGCCUGAUAUUCUAGCCAGCGUUGGAGAGGGAAAAGCCAAUCUUAAUGUGAUGGGAGUGGGAAGUGGAGCAGGUGAGAUUGACCUUGAGAUGUUCUCUCAGCUGCAUCUGAAGCAUCCUGCAGUAACCGUGGACAACCAGGUGGUGGAACCCAGCGCCCAGCAGCUCCACCUCUAUAAGGUGUUGGUGUCCCAGAAACCAAACCUAGACUACAUUAAAUUCACUUGGAACAAGAUGACGGCCACUGAGUUUGAGAAGCACUGGAGAGAGAACCAUUUGACCAAGAAGAUGGACUUCAUUCACAUGAUACAGAUGUUGUAUUACGUGAAGGAUCCAGGUGCUACAGUCACAUUCUACCAGAGCCUCCUGGACAGGAAUGGAAAACUACUUGUAAUUCUGGUGUCUGAUGAGAGUGGCUGGGGAAAGCUGUGGAGGACCUUCCGGACCCAGCUGUGUAACACAGAGAUCAGUCAGUGUGUGACUACUGGUGAUAUUAAAGCCUACCUGGACUCUAAGACAGUGAGUUACCAGAGCUACAAGCUUCCGUCUCAGAUGGACAUCACUGAGUGUUUCACUGAGGGGGACCAGAGAGGAGAACUGCUUCUGGACUUCCUGACUGAGGUGUUAGACUUCAGCUCCACUGCUCCUCCUGAGCUGAAGAGAGGAGUUCUAGACCUGCUGAAGACCCCAGACUGUAGCAAGGAGGUGGAUGGGAGGGUCAUCUUCAAUAACACCUUGGAGGUGCUGGUGGUUGACCCUCUACAGUAACACAGGAAUAGAUCUCAAAAUGCUGUAGCAACAAUGUGUAUCACUGAUAAACACUGAGUAUACAAAA